AUGUAUCAUUCAUCAAAGACCACAAAGCAAGAGGAGAAGUCUGCUCCAUCUGCUCCAUCCGCUCCAUCUGCUCCGCCAGACGGAGGUUUGGUUGCGUGGGCGCAAGUAGCCGGGGCAUUCUUCAUUUGGCUGAACACAUGGGGCUUGGUCAAUGCUUUUGGAGCAUGGCAGUCCUUCUACGAGACAACGCUUCUUCCUCACGAGUCUCCCUCAACAAUCGCCUGGAUCGGCUCGAUUCAAUCUUGUCUUCUUUGUGUAGUCGGCGCCCUCACCGGCCCUCUCUUUGACGCAGGACAUCUCAGAUUUCUCUUGUUUGCCGGAACGAUACUGGUGUCGCUAGGACUGGCAAUGGCAAGUCUCGCCGACAGCUUUUGGCAGCUUCUGCUGGCCCAGGGAUUUUGUGUCGGGGUGGGCUCUGGGUGUCUAUUCACCCCGAGUGUUGCCAUUGUGAGCACGUACUUUUCUUCGCGAGUCGCGUUUGCGAAUGGGAUUGCUGCGUCUGGUAGUGGUCUCGGUGGAGUAAUCUUCCCUAUCAUGUUUCAUCAACUUCAACCCAGGAUUGGUUUUCCGUGGGCUACUCGCGCCGUUGCACUGGUCGCGCUGGUGACGUUGAGCGCAUCAUCGACCCUGAUGCAGAUGCGGAUUGUGCCAGCAAAGAAAAGGAAGCUGUUCGAUGCAAAAGGCUGGCGAGACCGUGCUUAUUCGCUAUACGUGCUCGGUGGCUUCGUGGCUUUCCUGGGAUGCUGGACGCCUUUCUUCUUCGUCAGUCUGUAUGCGAUUGAGCACAGGGUGGGCUCUGAUACAGGCAUAUUCUACCUGUUGCCAGCGAUUUCAGCGGGCUCAGUUCUCGGUCGAGUCCUGCCGAACUUGAUCGCGGUUCGAGUGGGAAUGUUCAAUGUUUUGGUGCCUUGUACUCUGAUGACGGGUGUGGUGGCGUUAGGCUUCAUUGGUGCUCGGGCGUACUCCAGUCUGAUGGUGCUGUGUGUUCUGUACGGCAUUGUCUCGGGCGCCUUGGUGUCAGUACUUCCAACGAUUCCAGUGCAACUAUGUCCAGACCGAUCUGUCAUCGGAAACAGAAUGGGCAUGGCUUUCUCGACGAUAUCGCUAGGUGCGCUUGCAGGAACGCCAAUCGCGGGCCACUUGGUGAGUCGUUACGGCUUUCACGCAGCCUUUGAAUUCUCUGGAGCAUGUGCGGCGGCGUCAGCUGUCAUCCUGGCGGCGGCCCGGAUCGCGCACAAAGGUUGGAAAGUCAAUAUCAAGGCCUGA